GUAAAACCGCGUUUGCCGGUGUUGAGACCCAAUUCAUUCAUUUUCACGCUUUUGAUCUGAGCCAGCUAUUCACACCUCUCUCUCAGCUAUUCACACCUCUCUAUUCACACCUCUCUCUCUCUCUCUCUCCCCCUGAACCUUUCUCUCGCUUUCUCCACAUUCCUCACUCCCAAACACUGUAUUUAUGUACUAUAAAUACCUCUCCAUGCCAACCUAUUUUCCUCACCAUACCAAUCACUUUUCUGUUGCAGACAUUCAAUUUGCUCUCCACAUUCCUCACUCCCUUUUCCACCCAUUUUUCCAAGCUAAGCUUCAAUGGAUUCUGCUUCUCCUACUCCAGUUUUGGCCAUAUCUCUUUUGGUUGGCCUUUUCAUGGUUGCCUCCGCAAGUAAUUUCUACCAGGAUUUCUACAUCACUUGGGGAGAUGGCCGGUCUAAGAUCCUCAACAAUGGGGAACUCCUAACUCUGGUGCUUGACAAAGCUUCUGGCUCUGGUUUUCAAUCCAAGAAUGAGUAUCUCUUCGGCAGCAUUGAUAUGCAGCUCAAGCUUGUCCCUGGAAACUCUGCAGGCACUGUCACUGCUUAUUAUUUAUCGUCAAAAGGGUCAACUUGGGAUGAGAUUGACUUCGAGUUUUUGGGGAAUCUGAGUGGCGAUCCGUAUACCCUUCACACCAAUGUGUUCAGCCAAGGCAAUGGAAACAGAGAGCAACGGUUCCACCUGUGGUUUGACCCUGCUGCUGAUUUCCACACCUAUUCAAUUCUAUGGAAUCCCCAGCGCAUUGUCUUCUCUGUGGAUGGUACUCCAAUUAGAGAGUUCAAGAAUGCAGAGUCGAAGGGUGUGCCAUUCCCAAAGAAUCAGCCAAUGAGGAUUUACUCUAGCCUCUGGAAUGCUGAUGAUUGGGCAACAAGAGGUGGGCUUGUCAAGACAGACUGGACCCAAGGUCCCUUCACUGCUUCUUACAGGAACUUCAAGGCCAAUGCUUGUGUUUGGUCCUCUGGAGCUACUUCCUGCGGCUUAUCAGGUUCUUCAUCUUCCACCUCCACCACCAGCAAUGCAUGGCUAUCAGAAGAGCUUGAUUCAACCAAGCAGGACAGAUUGAAAUGGGUGCAGAGUAACUACAUGAUUUAUAACUACUGUACUGAUGCAAAGAGAUUUCCCCAAGGCUUCCCUCCAGAAUGCAACAUGUCCUGAGUGCAGAGAGGGAAUGGCAACACUAAUUUUGCAUCUAUCAAUUCUUUGAUUCUUUGUACUUUCCUUUUCUUUUUCUUUUGGGUAUAUUGUAUUUGCAAUUUGUAUCUAAUUUCUACACAACUUUAAUUAUUUUCAAGUUGCUUUAUUACACAACUUGAGUUUGGUAAUAAGAGAAUUUUAUUCUUUUCA